AGAAAGCCACAACCAUAUAAGCAAUAUAUAUGUAUAUAAUUUGUACGCACUCAAUAUAUGUCAAUUUAUUUAGAAAAAGAAGAACCGCGUUACAUAUUUUCAAAAAGCAAGCAAAAUGUAGCUAUAAUUAAUUACAAGGGAAAAUCGUUAACUUAAUAACAUACAAUUAUUUAUAAUACACAUAUGAUUAAAAUAAAUGGUUAUCCAGUGGUGUGGAACUACAUUGACGUAGCGGUUGUUACAUCUAAAAGUGUCCCCCGGUGAGGCGGUGGUGCUUCUGGCAACCCGCUGACGGAACGCUGUCGCCGUGGAUAAUCUUGAGUGGAUAAACCCUGUAUUGAAUGUGACACGAGAAACUGAACCAACAACAACGGUGAAAAGGGACUGUGAGGAGUUAUCCCAUUAUAAAAGCGCCAAAUUAUCAAUUUACUAAGUCGCCUUAGCUGAAGAAAUUUGUUGUUAUCCGCUAACAUAGCACCAUAGAUAGACCUGCUAUCACCUAGUCAAGCUAGCAAGUUGUUCAUAUUUAGCCCGGGCGGCUAAUGCUAGAAGCUUUUACAUAUCCUAUGAACUCGGGCGUAUCGCAGUCUCUGCAAACAUGUCCACUACUUCAUUGGAUAAAGAACUACAGGAGCGACUGAGAGAGGCGUCUGCCAUCGGGGAUAUUGACGAAGUGCGGACAUUGGUGGAGAGUGGAGUAAACGUCAACUCCCAAAACGAAAUAAAUGGAUGGACUUGCCUCCAUUGGGCAUGCAAGCGGAACCAUAAGCACAUAGUGUCGUACUUACUAAGUAGUGGCGCAGACAAAGACAUCCUUACAGCUAAGGAUGAGAUGGCCUCGCAGCUCACAUCCAAGCCGGAGAUCAAACGACUUUUAGGAGUUGAAGUGGAGGACCUGCCUGAAGUCAAGGAGCCCGAGUUGCCAAUCAUCCCCAAUUAUUUGUCCAACCCGCAAUUUAUAUACUCCAAGAUGGAUAACAAGACAGAGCUGCUCCUAUCUCAGCACCUUGCACAAAACGGAUCCGUGGAACACACUGAAGGCACAGACAGCAAUUCGGCCCCUCUUUCUCCAGCCCAGCACCGUCACAUGACACAGAGCCUGGGCUCUGAUGACCCCCCGACCAACCCCAUCCAGACCAGAGAAUUUAUUCCUAUCGCCGAGCAAAACGGCGUGACGCCGAGCCCAGUGCCGCCUCACAACAACCACACAGUGGUAAACUGCACAGUUCCAGUGGAUGUGUCGGUGGAGCCUCACCUCGUUAACCACGCCGUGCCGCACAACGGAACUGUGUGCUCGCCCCCGUUGGCCUCGCCCAGCCCAGGUUUGGCUUGCAGCGGCGGAGGUCACGUACAAGCUCCGGUGGCUAACGCUAACCCGAGCGUAAGCAGGCAGCAGUCGGUGCCGCAGCAGAUCGGCUACAGUCAGCCGGGAGGGGCUUUGCCAGCAUUCCAGCCGUUUUUCUUCACAAGCACUUUCCCUGUCAAUGUGCAAGAGUUAGUACUGAAGGUGCGUAUUCAGAAUCCCAACGCGCGGGAGAACGACUUCAUCGAAGUGGAGCUGGACCGCCAGGAACUGACGUAUCGCUCGCUGCUGAGAGUGUGCUGCCGUGAAUUGGACAUCAGCGCCGAGCACGUGGAGAAGAUCCGGAAGCUCCCAAACACGAUGUUGAGAAAGGACAAAGAUGUUGCCCGUCUGCAGGACUUCCAGGAGCUGGAGGUGGUCUUGGAGAAAUCCGAGGGCCUGGCCUUCUUCUCCGGCGCGGGGAACUUAACCGACAGACCCUGCUACAACAUGAAGGCCUCCCGCCUCACUUACUAGCGCUCCCUAACAAGAGUCUCCCCCUGCUCCGACCGGGCUUGUGUAGCCGCCCCUGGAGCAGCCGUUAACCAGUUGCCUGCCAGAUCUCCUCGUCGAGCUUUGUUCAGCUUGGGUGUUCUGCCAACUUUUAUCAAGUUCACAAGCUUAUCAUCAUCAUCCUCCUCCUCCGGGCCCUUUCGCUGCUUUCGUGUUCCCAACUAGCUAGUAAGAGAUUACUGAUGCAUGUUGUCUUGGAUUAUGAGAGAACGUACCCCCCGCCCCAACACACACACACGCAUCUCUCUUUGUGCCAAGACAAGUGGAACACCAAAGGGUAGGUCGAGGACGUAGGCUUGUCUUCCUGUAGACUGAACGGGUUUCUGCAAUAGCCUUAUAUGGACAAAGGUCUCAUUUAUAGACGACUUGGUGAAAUAUAUUCCACACCCCCCCCCCCCCAAAACAUGCUGUUGCUUUAACCUUAGUGUCUUUGCUGCUGAUUAGGACUUCUGUUAGUUGCUGAAUUAAUUUUUUAAUUUUUUUUUUAGGCGGGGGUGGGGGUCAUCAUUUUAACUGCUGACUGUCAACAUGGAGAGCGCUGUGGAAAAGGAGAUAUUAAUUUUUACUUCAUUGAGUUCAGUGCGGCGGCACGGUGGUCUAGUGGUUAGCGCGCAGGACCUCAGCUAGGAGACCAGGGUUCAAUUCCACCCAAGUUUGCAUGUUCUCCCCGUGCAUGCGUGGGCUUUCUCCGGGUACUCCGGUUUUCCUCCCACAUUCCAAAAAACAUGCUAGGUUAAUUGGCGACUCUAAAUUGUCCAUAGGUAUGAAUGUGAGUGUGAAUGGUUGUUUGUCUAUAUGUGCCCUGUGAUUGGCUGGCGACCGGUCCAGGGUGUACCCCGCCUCUCGCCCAAAGACAGCUGGGAUAGGCUCCAGCACCCUCUGCGACCCUCGUGAGGAAAAGUGGUAGAAAAUGAAUGAAUGAAUGAGUUCAAUGCUUUGGAGUAAGAAGGCUCGCACAUUUUGUGCGCAGCGCCCACGUAUGUUGACAGUUUAAUAACCGGGUGAGCUCAUUUGACCCGCCGAUAAGCAAACUGCGUCACAAAGGAAUGCGGCGCUGCAAGUUUUUCGUUUUAUCAAGCGAAGAACGACAAAAUGCACCCGCUUGUCUGACACACAAACACCCCUGCCAUAUUCUUCCAUAAAGUCACUUUACUACUUCUUUUAGGCCAGUGAUUCUUAAUUGACGGGUAUGUAAUAACCCGAUGUCCCUGAAUGCACCUAGCGUUCUUAUCUCUGCUUUGUGCGCCCAUUGAAAUAUAAGCUAAUCGAGGAGUUUGAGGUGUAAAAUGGUCACCGUUUGAGGCCAUUGUGAUUUAGUUUUUAUAAUUUGAAACGUUAGCUUUAUCAGAUGACUUAAGUCUGUUUAACGUCACUUAAAAGCGCACUGACAUAAUGACUAAUAAUAACUCAAUUGUUAUAUGUUAAGAUGAUUUGGUUGGGCAAGUGUAGAGCCUCGUUAUGGUUCCAUGAGAAUUUUUAAUGCUGCUUUCAUCAUCACAUUUUUUUUUAAUGCUGGGGCUCAAUUCCCCACAUUGCACAUCCUACAAUCAAAACGUUUCUUAUCCUGUAAUAACUGUUUACUGUUCAAAGCUACACCUGAAGCUCUUACUUGUAUUUCUAUGUUUGAUGAUAUAUAUUUUUAUUAAUAAGCAUAGUUUGUGUUUUCUUUUAACCAGGUAGGCCUGUUGUGUUUGUGUCAAAACGUCAACAAAGGUGGAAGCUGGACUUGUUGAAGGAAAGUGCAAUGAGAGGUAAAGACGAUGUUCAAGGCUUUAUUGAGACAAAGACAUAAAGGUAUGUGGAUUCUGUGAAAAGGACGGGGUACUAACCAUAUUUGUGGGGUGGUUUGUUCUAGAGAGAAAAAGCAGAAUGCAGCUGGACUUAAACCUAUGCAUCCAGAGUCUGAUAUUUUUAUAAAUGAUACGUCCUGUGUACUUGCAGACAUAAUCGUAGGCGCUGUUUUUUUUUUUUGUUCUGGAGACCUGUAUGUGUUCUUUGAUAAAGCAUGAUGAAUGACUUCAUCUCCUGGCUUACUUGAUGUACUUCAAUUUCUAAGGGUGUUCAAAAUGUGGCCUGGGGGUCACUUUAAAUACAUUUAAACAGGAAACGAGAAAAUUAGGGGAAAACUAAAAGU